AUGCUCCCCAAGGCGGAGUCCAGCGACCACAUCUCGGCCUGGGCGGGCUCCUCGCCCAGGGCCGCCGGCCUGCCCAAAGCCGUCUCCAGCGAGUUCAUCGCCGGCGGGCGGGUGGGCCUGUCCAAGCCCGCAGCCCUCCCCAAACCGGAGCCGGACGAGCUCUCCCUCUUCGGGAGGUCCCUCGGCCUGCCGGGCUCCGGCGACUCCUGCGACGCGCUCCUCGGCUGCUCGGGAAGGGUCCCGGAGAACGGCUCGUUCCGCAUCACAGUGGUCACCUGGAAUGUGGGCACAGCCAUGCCCCCGAAUGACGUGACAUCCCUGCUGCACCUCAACACGGGCGAGACAAAUGAUGUGGACGUGAUCGCCAUUGGGCUGCAAGAGGUGAAUUCUAAGAUAAACAAGCGCCUGAAGGAUGCCCUCUUCACAGAUCAGUGGAGCGAGCUCUUCAUGGAUGUGCUGAGCCCCUUCCACUUUGUCCUGAUCAGCACGGUGCGGAUGCAAGGUGUGAUCCUACUGGUGUUUGCCAAGUACUACCACCUCCCCUUCCUGCAGGACAUCCAGACAGACUGCACGAGGACGGGACUGGGAGGCUACUGGGGCAACAAGGGUGGGGUGAGUGUUCGUCUCUCCAUCUUCGGCCACAUGGUCUGCUUCCUGAACUGCCACCUGCCAGCGCACCUGGAGAAGGCGGAGCAGCGCAAGGAGGACUUUGCCACUAUACUGCACAUGCAGCAGUUUGAGGGGCGUGCAGCCAGCGGCAUCCUGGACCAUGACCUUGUGUUCUGGUUUGGGGACCUCAACUUCCGCAUCGAGAGCCUCGAUAUCCGCUUUGUGAAGUACGCCAUCGACAGCAACAUCCUGAGCCAGCUCUGGGAGAAGGACCAGCUGAACAUUGCCAAGAGCACCUGGCCUGUCCUCAGCGGCUUUCAGGAGGGACCACUGAACUUCCCACCCACCUUCAAGUUUGAUGUGGGCACCAACAAGUAUGACAGCAGUGCCAAGAAGCGAAAACCUGCCUGGACUGACCGGAUCCUCUGGAAGAUCAAAUCUCCCAGUGUUGGGCUUGGUGCAGGUGGGCGCCGGCCCAGUCGGGGCGUCCUGUCGGUGAGCCAGCUCUGCUACUGCAGCCACAUGGAGUACACUGUCAGUGACCACAAGCCGGUAGCUGCCAUCUUUGCAGUGCAGUUUGCUUCCAAGGCAGACAAGCCCCCGGUUGAGAUUUAUGUGGCUGAUGAAUGGAGCAGGCCUGAGCAAGCAGUUGUCAGGUACAAGAUGUCGGCUGGCUUCCACCGGAGCUCCUGGGACUGGAUAGGACUCUACCGGGUGGGCUUUCGGCAUCCUAAAGACUAUGUGUCCUAUGUCUGGGCCAGGAGUGAUGAUGGAGAACGCUGCCUAGACAAGCAACUAUGUGCACAGGUGCUGUUCUCAGAGGAGGCACUGCCCAAGGGGAAGGGCGAGUACAUCCUCGGAUACUACAGCAACACCUCCAGCAGCAUCGCUGGUGUGACUGAGCCCUUCCAGAUCUCCCUGCCCAGGUCAGAGGAGGGCAGCAGCCCCACAGACAGCUCGGGCAGCAGCUCAGAAGAGGAGGAUGACAGCACACUUGUCCUGUUGGCCCCCAAAUCCCGUAGCCCCAGCCCAGGCAAGAUGAAACGGCACCGGAGCCGAAGCCCCAGCCUGGCCAAGUUCCAGGGCCUCAUCCUGCGGCCGUCAAGCCGGGAAAGGGGUAUGAGCCGCAGCCCCUCACCCCAGAGCCGCCAUGGCCUCCCUGGGGACAUCCCCACCAUCCACCUGCCCCAGGAGGAGCUGGGGCGCCAUGGAGCUAAAGCCAAGGAGCCAGGGCGGGCAGUCGACAGCCAGGAGGGCAGCUCCUUCUACCAGACUGUGCGGGAGCAGGGCGGCCCCCGGCGUGUCUCUGCUGACAACCCCCUGGCCAGGGCCGACCCCAGGAACCUGGGUCUGCUGCCUGCGCUCCGCCUGGAGAUGAUCGACCAGGCCAUGGGCCGGCGGAGGGAGAGCACGGACCAGGGCUACCCCUGCCGGAGGAUGAGCCCCACCAGCCCCCCGGGCUGCAGCACCUCCCCAAAGGAGGGGAGCAGCCCCCAGGAGCUGGACAGCCAUAGCUGUGCCAUGGGCCGCUGA